UAUAUAAAGCCGGCUCAGCUGAUUUCGAGAAACAGUUUUGCAGAAGCUUUAAGAGAAGCGGGUUGUUUGAGGAAGCAGUAGAAAAGCCGGUAGCCGGUUUUUUGUCCUUCAAAAUUUCAUCAUCCAUUGGUCUUUGUGUGAUAUAUUAGUUGUUUUUUGUUGAUUUUUAUUUAAGUGAAGCUAUGGAAGUUCUUCCGGUUAUUAACGAAACCUACACUAACGAAGAAGAUUGGGAAUAUGACUAUCCCGACUCUACAGAGGAACCGGCCGUGGUGGAGGCACUCUCCAAGAGACUAGAGGCUGAGCUUCGGGAGGCCAAAGACACCCAUCUGAGCAUGGGAGAGGUGCUUUUGCCCAACGGCCUCACGCGUAGAAUAGCUCAAGACAUUUUUCGCAUGGCCGACAACGAACCCUGCGGCCUUCGCGGAUGCACCCUCUACGUCAACUUCGAGGGCGAGGGGUUCAACCGGAUGCUGUGCACCUUCCGUUGCGAUCCUUCAACGCCAUCUACCUUUGAGCUCUAUCUAACCCUCAAACAAAGCACGGCGGGUUGGAGCAAUAUUCUUCCCCAAUUUUUAAAGAAAAUCACAAGGGGUAGUGCUGUAAUGAUCAGCUCUGAAUACAGACUUUAUCUCAAAAAGUUGUAUCGCUCUUCUCUAUAUUAGAGAGUGCCCAAUUUAUCAUUUUCUCGGUGUACCUACAUAGAAAGACUGAGGUUCUAUCACAGUGAUAAUAUUUUGAAAAGUAUAUCAUAUAUAUAUAUAUCAUCGCGUACUAUAUUAUGUUGCGAAAUAUGAAUUUUAUUUAUAAUAAUAAGUCAUUUUGUUUAUAUUUUUUUGAACUUUCUCUUUGAAUUUAGGGCGGACGUGGCAUGUAGUAAACGCGCUCUGUUUUACAGAGAGGCGUUGUGCGUAUUUUUUUUUUCUGUAGGCCUCUAAAGCGCGUUUCGAUCAUGUUAUACGUCCGCCUUUCGUUAUUUUAAGAUAUAGUUUAUAAAA